AUUCACAUUUGCAACCGUUCAAAUCUAAGUGGAAAUUAACCGAAUUCCUAACGAAUUUCGUUCUAACGGAAAAUAACCGAAAACCAUGGGAAAAUUAACGAAUCGCUUUCAAAUUGGAGAGAGUAUAAAACGAGGACCAUUUCAGAGCUGUUCAUCAGUUGAAGUUAAGAGGAACUAUAGCUCAAGUGAAGAUUGCAUUGAAGAACAAGAUUCAAGAUGUAUCGUUUCUGCUUUGUCCUAACUCUCUGUGUCUAUGGCGUGCUUGGAAUGUUGGAAGGUAGAAAUCUUCGUCUAUUAUUUUGAGCUUUUUACAUUUCCUCCGCAAUAUGAGAGUCGGUAAUCGUACGAUCUUGCUUAGCUGUUCUUAAUGCUUUCCCAACACUAUCACGUGUAUUUUUUAUUUAAGUUAAAAUAUGGUUGGAGCAUUAUAAAGGGAUGGCCGGCUAUACGAAUGGCACUUACUAGGAACAGUUUAGAAUUGAUAGAGUUAUCCAGUAUAAAUAAAGUUAGUUUAGUUUAGGUUUCCUCCUGCAGUAACACUGGAUCAAUAAGAGAUGAUCCUUACUGGACCUCUAGGAAGAACAAUUUAGAACUGAUAGAGCUAUCCAGUAUAAAUAAAGUUAGUUUAGUUUAGGUUUCCUCCUGUAGUAACACUGGAUCAAUAAGAGAUGAUCCUUACUGGACCUCUAGGGGUUCUCAGAGAACAGUUUAGAACUGAUAGAGCUAUCCAGUAUAAAUAAAGUUAGUUUAAUUAGUUUAGGUUUCCUCCUGUAGUAACACUGGAUCAAUAAUCUGGACAUUUAGGGAAAACAGUUUAGAACUGAUAGGGAGCUAUCUAGUAUAAAUUAAGUUAGCUUAGUUCAGUACUUACAUAAGUUUGAAAGUACAAGCAUUUCUUCCAUAUAAUUAUGAAAUUCCACAGCCUAAAUGAAAGAAAAGAAUCAUUAGAAUUUAUUCCAUAUAUAUUCUAGAAUAUUAUUGAACAGUCCCUGUUUUUCUACAACACAUCAACUCGAAAUCAAAUUGUUUAUGUUUUCGUUAAAUAUAGAUUUUGAUGAUUGGCAAUAUGAUACUGGCCGUCCAUCAACUAACAAUCAAGGCGGAGAUUGUAAGGAAAAUACCAUAUAUAUAGUCCUAGUGUACCUCUAGAGAGAGAGAACAGUUUAGAACUGAUAGAACCAUCCAGUAUAAAUAGAGUUAGUUUAGUUUAGCUUUCCUCCUGUAAUAACACUGGAUCAUUCAGAGAUGAUCCUUACUGGACCUCUAGGAAGAACAGUUUAGAACUGAUAGAGCUAUCCAGUAUAAAUAAAGUUAGUUUAGUUUAAGUUUCCUCCUGUAGUAACACUGGAUCAAUAAAACAUGACCCUUACUGGAUCAACAGGGAGAACAGUUUCGAAUUGAUAGAGCUAUCGAGUAUAAAUAAAGUUAGUUUAGUUUAGGUUUCCUCCUGUAGUAACAAUUGGAUCAAUAAGAGAUGAUCCUUACUGGAACUCUAGGAAGAACAGUUUCGAACUGAGAUCACGUACAAUCAAGAUAUUUUCUCUGCAUAUAGCCAAAUGUAAGAAAGAUCUCCUGCUGAUUGUCGACACAUCUUACAGUGUUGGGGAAAACGAUUUUAACGCUAACGUCAAACCAUUUUUAAAAAAUCUCGUCACGGCUUCAAGCUUGAAUGUCGGCCCAGACGGAACACAAAUCGGACUUAUGUUGUUCGCCAGCAAAGACAAGACAGGGGUGAAGUUGAAUAUUGGACAAAAGAAAGACGCAAGAGAGUUGGGGAAAUAUAUGACAAAUUUAAACUGGAAUACGGUUAAAGGAGACCGGACUAGAACCGAGUUGGCAUUAGAGAAAGCUCUACAGGUGAGAAUAUAUUGAUCGAAUUGUUUAUUGUAGCUUGUUGUUGUUGUUGCUGUUGUUGUAGUUGUUGUCGUUGCUGUUGUUGUUGUUGUUGUUGUUGUUGUUGUUGUUGUUGUUGUUGUUGUUGUUGCUGUUGUUGCUGCUGCUGCUGUUGUUGCUGUUGUUGUUGUUGUUGCUGGUGGUGCUGUGAUCGAAUUGUUUGUUGUUGUUGUUGUUGUUGUUGUUGUUGUUGUUGUUGUUGUUGUUGUUGCUGCUGUUGUUGUUGUUGUCGCUGGUGUUGUUGUCGUUGUUAUUAUUGCUGCUGUUGUCAUUGCUGUUGUUGUAGUUGUUAUUAUUGCUGCUGUUGUUGUUGUCGCAGCCAUUAUUAAAUUGGUUUCUGUAGUCUUCGCCGCAUACCCUAUUGUUUUUCCUAAUGUUUGUCUGACUUUAUCAGUAGUUAAAUAUGCAAUUUUUCAAUACAAAGGAAUCCUUUUCAUACCCAGUACGAUAUCAACAUAUUCAAACGCUUGCAAAUCGAAACAAGCCCUGAAACAAACGAUUUUCUAUAUAGUGACGAAGAAAAUAAUAGUUCAAUUAUAUUCCUUCAGCCAAACAGUUUUUUGCAUACCAGUAAACAGGGCUGUAUUUAAGUACAAGUUACGAAGUCACAAAUUGUUGAUAACUGUAUAGUGGCAACAAUUUGCGUUUGCAAAAGAAAUAACUUUAACUAUAGUUACACAUUUGGCUAAAAAUGGAAUAAUAAUGCGUUUCUUUUCUGACAAACGUAUAUUUUACUCACUUUUUCGUUACAUUUUCACGAUAAAAUAUAGUGCUUGCCAUUCUUUUUAUACUAUCAAUUUUUAUUAUGUUAAUGUGGUCGAAAAGCAGAUUCACUGAACAAUAACUCUACUAGCUAUUUGUCGCCUUGUAGUUGGUUAACUAUUCUUUGCAGUGAUUUAUAAUCGACAAUUAUACCAUUAUAGAUUAAUUUUAAAACUAAACAAGGAGAUGCAAAUAAAUCAUCACAGCUAGAAAGAGCAUACGAAAAUGAGUAAAAUUGCAAAGUUUGGUUGCGAAAUUUUGUAAAAUGCGGAAAAUAUAGCCUUGCAAAGUUCGCAAAUUUUGUAUACUUUUGUAUUGCGUGCGGAAAUUGUUACCAUUUGGUGUUACCAUGUGGUAGAAAGUUCUGGCCCAAAAUGUGGUCGAACUUUGCUAGGCUAUAUUUUCCGCAUUUUACAACAUUUCGCAACCAAACUUUGCAAUUUUACUAAUUCUAGUAUGCUGUUUCUAGCUGUGGUGAUUAAUUUUCACCCCCUUGCCUGGUUUUAAAAUUAGUCUAUAAUGCAGAAGAAUUGUCUAUUGAACUCAUCGUGAGUGUAAUUUAUAUUGAAACCUGCAGAAAUCAUGAAUUCUUUUAAAAGAUAAUAUUAUCAAAGUCAGCUCUCUUCCUAAAUAUAACACUAUAGCAACAAUCUCUCUCCUCAGAUAUUCAGUAAAGACAGUCCAAAGAACCACAGACAAGAGAUUGCUGAUGUAGUCGUUUUAAUUACGGACGGUAAACCACAAGGAAAAAGCAACUCCAUUGCACUCACAAAGCAAUACGCAAAGGACCUUAAAGAUAAGGGCGUUCUUUUAGUCACUGCUGGAGUUGGUCCUAACAGCAAGAAAACAGAAUUUAAAAACCUCUUGAAAAAGCUGGCUACGAGCCCUGACUACUUCCUUCAAGCAGAAUUCGACAACAUGAAGGCCAUUUUGAAUACACUGGUGGCCAGGUCGUGUACAAAACCCGGUAAGUCAAUAAGUUGUUUAUUUUGCUAGUACAAGCGCUUGUUCUAGAAAGUUGUAUGACUUCGGACAUAAGAGAUGAUCCUUAUUGCACCUCUUGGAUAAGUCACCCAGUAUAAAUAAAGUUAGUAACACUGGAUCAAUAAGAAAUGAUCCUUACUGGAGCUCUAGGAAGAACAGUUUAGAACUGAUAGAGCUAUCCAGUAUCAAUAAAGUUAGUUUAGUUUAGGUUUCCUCUUGUAGUAACACUGGACCAAUAAGAGAUGAUCCUUACUGGACCUCUAGGAAGAACAGUUUAGAACUGAUAGAGCUAUCCAGUAUCAAUAAAGUUAGUUUAGUUUAGGUUUCCUCCUGUAGUAACACUGGAUCAAUAAGAGAUGAUUCUUACUGGACCUCUAGGAAGAACAGUUUAGAACUGAUAGAGCUAUCCAGUAUAAAUAAAAUUUCUUUGCUUUAACGCUCAUUUUGGAUUUAGUUAAGUUCGCAAAUGGAAAACGAUAACUAUUUAAGAGCAGUCUACAUUUUAUACCCUCCAAUAUCAAGGUGGUGUUUUGUUAAGUCUGUUUAAAGCAUGGUGAAUUUUAAUAAAAUAAUCCGGAUAAGAAUUUGUUAUUUUGUUUUCAAGGUGAAUGCAUCUGUAAAAGCGAAAUUAUUUCAAGCCCUAUCUUCGUCAGGCCUGGACAAUCAAAAGCGGUGGCAAGGUGGCCUAACCCAGAGUUCGACUGUGCAACUGGUGGCGAAGUCGUCGUUGAAAGUACAAAAGUACAACCAUCCGUGAGCUCACCUCAUGCCUUCUCACCGGGGAAACAUGUCAUCAACUAUACAUACAACCUCAAGGGAGGCAUCAGCGUUAAAUGUCCAGUUACUAUCACUGUUAUAGGUGAGUUAAAUUAGAGGUCAAUAGAAUCAUAAUUAACAGAAUCACCCUCUUGUUGGAAACACCUCUCUAAUACAGACACCUCUCUAGUACAGACACCUCCCUAAUACAGACAUCUCUCUAAUACAGACAUCUCUCUAAUACAGACACCUCUCUAGUACAGACAUCUCUCUAAUACAGACAUCUCUCUAAUACAGACAUCUCUCUAAUACAGACAUCUCUCUAAUACAGACACCUCUCUAAUACAGACACCUCUCUAAUACAGACAUCUCUCUAAUACAGACAUCUCUCUAAUACAGACACCUCUCUAAUACAGACAUCUCUCUAAUACAGACAUCUCUCUAAUACAGACAUCUCUCUAAUACAGACACCUCUCUAAUAAAGACACCUCUCUAAUACAGACAUCUCUCUAGUACAGACAUCUCUCUAAUACAGACACCUCUCUAAUACAGACACCUCUCUAAAUACAGACAUCUCUCUAAUGCAGACACCUCUCUAAUAAAGACACCUCUCUAAUACAGACAUCUCUCUAAUACAGACACCUCUCUAAUACGUCAACUCAACUUUAUUUUUCAGGGCAACUGUGCCGUGGUAAAGCCUUCAAUUCUGUAACACAGGUGUGCUGUUGUGGCACCAUCCAUCCACGUCGAACUGGAUUUGCGUGUUGUGGGCCUGAUUAUUAUAACACAUCCAGCAAGCAAUGUUGUUCAAAUGCAAAUCUGGUCUCUCGCACAGAACGUUGUCCUGGCAAUUAACUGGACUGCUAUCUGCAAAAGUAGUUUCAAUAUGAACUAUACAACAUACAGUAGCUUAGCUUUAUAUAACAUCACUGUCUUCUAAGGAUGAACUUUCAUAUUCAUAGCAAGCAUUUAAGGGUUUCAUGUAAAAAACUUAUGUGCAAUGUACUCUUUUUUAAUUCAGUGAUAAUGCCUGAAAAUCAUUUUAUGUAAUGUAAUGUGCUUUUAAAUAUAUGUGAAAUUUUUUUAAAAAGUUGCAUUUUUUCUGUACUUAUUAAUCAAGUGAGUGACAGCACUAUCCCCUUGAAAGGUAAAAUCGUCGGGUGUUAGACAGAGUAAAAUAAUAAACUAAG